AUGAAUGAAUUAUUAUCUAAAAAAUCACCCUUAUUAUCUGACAAACAACAGCCUUUAUCAUUAGAUAAAGAUCCAUUAUUAUUAGAUAAUGAACUUUCUUUGAAUGAGCCCUCUAUAGAUAGUAAACCUGUUUUAGAUGAAAAAUCUCUUUUAUUACUAGAAGGUUUAUCUAAUUCCACUCAAAAUACAAUCAGAAGAUUAAGUAAAACUGGUCCUUUAUUACCUUUAAGUGGCAAAAAAGAAAUAGCACAGUUACGGUCUCUCCAAAAAGAUCUUGCAAAAGAUAAAGAAAGAAAUGUUAAAAAUAAUGCUAAAGCACUUGAAAAGCUACUUCUAGAUGAUGAUGAUUUGCUAGAAAUCCAGGAGUUGGUUGAAUUGUUAGGUUCAUUUGCAUAUGUUACAACUAUAGUAGGUGGAGACCAUUGCUCUACUUUUUUAAUGAUAUUACCAUUAGUUAGAAUUUUGCAAAAACACUUAUAUCAAAAAGAAGAAACUCCUACACACCCAAUUAUUCGUGAUGUAUAUAACAAAAUUGAGCUAUCAUUUGGUGAAUGUUGGGAAGAACCCAGGCCAGAAGGAUAUGUUGCAGCUAUGUUGGAUCCAAGAUUUAAAGACUUAGGUUUUGAGCUAGCAAAAUUUGAAUCAACAAAAGAUGAAUUAAAAUGCAGGAUGAUGAAAUAUACAGAAAAUAAUAAUUAUUUUUUACCCAACAAUAAUUUACCUACUUCCCUAUUAAGCUCACUAUUCGAAGAAACUACACACCAGCUUUUUAGAUUUCACGUUAGUUAUGAGGCUGGUUCAGUCGAGGGUUCAUCCUUUAUAUCAGCCUUAAAUUAA